AUGAAUCAAGAGUUGGGAGCAGGUCAACAAAUCGUCGUUGCCUCUAACAGUAGUAGCACAGUGGUUCAUAAUGAUUCUUCAUUGUCGUCAUCUUUGAUCAGAAUAAAUAAUUCCGAUGAUGAUGAACUCGCACCAAUCAUGACUAACUUUAACCGAUCCAAUACAACAGCAACAGUUUCAUCUAAUAUAAUUUCCCGAUCGCCACCAUCAAAGGAUGAGGAGAUGGCUACUAGUGGUGGUGGUAGUAAUUUAAAUCAACAACUCCCAUUAAUAUUAAAUCAUGAAAGUGAUAUUUUGGGAGAAAAAUCGGUGAAGGCUUUUUCUGGUGUUUGGAUGAGAAGGCUUGGAAGUAUCUUUUCUUUCAUUCCGAGAAUAUUUAGAAAUUUAUUGAGAAUGUGUGGAAUUAAAGCGAAAUAUUUAACAUUUUUGGACAAGUUGCCUUCAAGGAAUUUGAUUAUUUCUGUAUUGGCAGUUAUUGGAUUGAUAUUUAUGAUUUUAAUUGCUGUACAAUCUAACAAACCAAAGGGUUUGAUUCCAUUGGUUAGAGAUGAUAAUAGACUUGUUGGGUAUAUUGUAAAAACAAAUACCAAUCCAUCCUUUUAUAUGAGAGUGUUGAAUCCUGCUAGAGAUACUGGAUUUUCAAAGCACAUGGUUAGAUAUGGCAAUUGGGAAUCAGCAACUGAAGAACUAUUCAAAAUGUUAAUUGAGAAAUUCCAAAGAGAUUCAAAAAUAACUGGAAAGAAGUGUCUCAUUGUUGAUGUUGGUUCUCAUUUGGGAUUUUAUUCAAUUUAUCCUGCACUGUUGGGUUGUAAAGUUAUCUCGUAUGAAAUUCAACCAAAAAUGGUGGAAGUGAUUAAGAGUUCUGCAUCUCUAAAUGAUGUUGACAAAUUGGUUUCAGUUAAAAACUUGGCUGUUUUCAGAGAUGCCAGAAAAUAUAUUCAAUACUCAACCAAGUACAAUGCUGAUCUUACAAAUGUUGUUACUGCAGAUGAGGAAACUGAAAGUAAGACUCCAGGAUCUGUUGAAACCAUAUCACUCGAUGAGGACUACUUCUCGGCAGAUAUUCAUAUCAAUUUGCUAAAGGUUGAUAUUUCUAAAAAGUCAGAUGAUGUCUUUGCUGGUGGUUUGAGAACACUCUCCUUUAUGAUUGAUCACAUUAUUACUGAAUUGACAGCAGACGAUGCUGUGCCCAUUCGUUACAUUUUGAAUGCAUACUAUGAUAAGGUUGUUGUUUUAGAAGAUAGCUCAGGAAUUUCAGGACUCUUUUUCAAAUCAUCCACACCAAAAAUCUUUAGAGGAAGCGAAGUUUCAGUUGAAGCAAUCACUGCAUACUUGGCCAAGACUGGUAAGAGAAAUGUUUGGUUCUCCAGAAAGAAGAACACAAUCCCAUACUAUGGUAAAUAA